CCCUCCCCUCCAUCUCAUCUCCUGCUGGGAGCUGACUGAACACAAGGAUCUGCUCCACCAGUCGAUGCUGAGCUCAGGAGAGCAAAACCACAUCUUUAUUCACCCAGAUCUUAACUCCCUCUGGGUGCAGAUCUAGGUUUCUGGACAGGAAGGACUGAUUCUGCUUGGUACGAAGGAGGAGGAUCAGCAUGAGCUUCUCUCAGAGCUCAAACUGAAACCUGCCAUCAGAGGAUCACAUCAUCAUCAUCUCCAUCACUGACAAACAGGAUUUCAACCAUGAUGCGGUUUGGAAGGAGCAGCGUCGGUCCUGGAGAGUCCGACCCCAGCGUCCAGAGGAUGGACAGCAGCAGGUCCAAGACUAACCAGAGGCCCCUGGCUGCACUGAACACAAACAGCUCCAACAAUAAUGAUGGGAAAAAGGAAGAAAAGAAGGAUGAUAAAAAAGAUGAAAAGAAGGAUGAUAAAAAAGACGACAAGAAAGAUGAGAAAAAAGAGCCACCGAAGGAGGUGUGGAUCAUGGAUCCUGCUACGGAUACCUACUACUACUGGCUAUGCACAGUUUCCGUUCCCGUCUUCUACAACCUCAUAUUUCUCGUUGCCAGAUCGUGCUUUAAUGAGCUACAGUACAGUAAUUCAACACUGUGGAUGGUUCUAGACUACAUGUCGGAUGUCAUCUACUACAUGGACACCUAUGUGAGAGCCAGGACAGGUUUCCUGGAGCAAGGACUGCUUGUGAAGGAUGAAAAGCUCCUAAAAGAAAAGUACAUGAAGACGCGGCAGUUCAAGUUAGACCUCAUCUCCAUCAUUCCUACUGACUUUGUGUUCCUUCAAAUCGGGGUGGACAACCCGGAGUGGAGGUUCAACCGUCUCUUCAGGCUAGCUCGACUCUUUGAGUUCUUCGACCGAACUGAAACUCGAACCAAUUUUCCGAACAUCUUCCGCAUUGCAAAUCUUGUACUUUACAUCAUCAUCAUCAUACACUGGAACGCUUGUCUUUACUUUGCCGUCUCCAAGGUACUCGGCUUUGGCUCUGACACCUGGGUAUAUCCAGACUUGAGCAAUCCGGUGUACGCUCGUCUGAGCAGACAGUACAUCUACUGUUUCUACUGGUCCACCCUCACCUUGACAACUAUCGGUGAGACUCCGCCUCCAGUCCGAGACAUAGAGUACUUUUUUGUUGUAGCUGACUUUCUCACCGGGGUUUUGAUCUUUGCAACGAUUGUAGGCAACGUGGGUGCAAUGAUUUCAAACAUGAAUGCUGCGCGAGUAGAGUUUCAGGCCAAGAUUGAUUCAAUCAAGCAGUACAUGCAGUUUCGGAAGGUCACAAAAGACCUGGAGGCUAGGGUGGUGAAGUGGUUUGACUACCUUUGGACCGAGGGGAAGUCCUGCGACGAGAAGCUGGUACUCAAGAACCUCCCUGACAAACUAAAGGCGGAGAUAGCUAUCAACGUCCACCUGGAGACGCUUAGAAAAGUGCGCAUCUUUCAAGACUGUGAGGCCGGUUUGCUUGUGGAGUUGGUUCUGAAGCUGCAACCUCAGGUCUUUAGUCCCGGUGACUACAUCUGCAAAAAGGGGGACAUAGGUAGAGAAAUGUACAUAAUCAAAGAAGGAAUGUUAGCUGUCGUGGCAGACGAUGGGGUGACGCAGUUUGUUGUCCUCAGCGAUGGGGCGUAUUUUGGAGAAAUCAGUAUCCUUGGGAUAAAAGGCAGCAAAGCAGGCAACCGGAGAACCGCCAACAUCCGAAGCGUUGGCUACUCGGAUCUGUUUGCGUUGUCAAAAGACGAUCUGAUGGAGGCCCUCACGGAAUACCCCGAUGCUAAAUAUGCUCUGGAAGACAAGGGAAGGGCCAUUCUGAUGAAAGACAAUCUCAUAGAUGAGUCCCUGGUAGCUGCUGUUGACGCCAAAGAUUUGGACGAUAAAGUCAGCGUAAUUGAAAACAGCGUGGAGGUCAUGACGACAAAACUGCAAAAGCUUAGAAAUCAAUAUGAGUCCUCUCAACGCAAACUCAAGCAGCGGCUCACUAACUUAUCAAACCAGGUCAGAACCCUUCGAGUUGAUGAGUGA